AUCAUAUCCUCCAACUUCAACAACCACACUUCUAAUGUCUCGUUUGCUAUUCCUCUUUCUCCUCUCCUUAAUCCUAAAACCUCAGUUAUCCUCUUCAGUUUCAUGCACAAACCACAAGUUCUCGCGCAACAGAUCGUACCAAAAAUGCGCCGACCUUCACUACCUAAACUCCUACAUACAUUGGACCUACGAUUCGGAUAAAUCUCUGUUGCGCUUCGCGUUUGUCGCGCCGCCCGGCACGCCGGAGGGGUGGGUUUCGUGGGCAAUCAACCCGAACGGGACGGGAAUGGUGGGGGCGCAAUCUUUGGUGGCGUUCAAACAGCUCGACGGCGCCAUGGCGGUGAAGACAUACAGGCUCAACUCCUAUAGAGACAUUCGAGAAGGGGAGCUUUCGUACGAGGUUUCGGAUAUGGAGGGAGAGUAUAGCGGUGGGGUGAUGACGAUUUUCGCGACGGUGAAGCUGCCGGCAGGGACGGAUAACGUGAAUCAGGUGUGGCAGGUCGGGAAUAGUGUCGUGAAUGGGCAAUCGCCGGCGAAACAUGAGUUCCAGGAGGAGAAUCUCAAGGCUUUGGGCAAGCUUGAUCUGGUGAAAGGGGAGAGUUUUCGGGACGACGAUAGUGGGAAUUCCAAACUCCGGAAUAAGAAUAUACAUGGAAUACUGAAUGUUGUGAGUUGGGGAAUUUCGUUUCCAGUUGGAAUAAUAAUGGCAAGGUAUGUUAAGACAUUUUCAGAUCCUGCGUGGUUUUAUGCUCAUGUGACCUGCCAAUUGUCUUCAUACGUUGUUGGAGUUGGUGGUUGGGGAACUGGAUUGAAGCUUGGGAGUCAAUCCAGUGGGAUUGUGUACUCCAUCCAUAGGAACCUUGGAAUUACCCUCUUCUGCUUUGCUACUCUCCAGGUAUUUGCACUAUUUCUACGGCCAAAGAAGAAUCACAAGUACAGAUUGUACUGGAACAUGUACCACCAUGGGAUAGGAUAUGCAGUGCUCAUUCUUGGCAUCAUCAAUGUGUUCAAAGGAUUUGAGAUACUGCAGCCAGAAAGGAAAUGGAAGGUGGCAUAUAUCAGCCUGCUUUCAGUGCUGGGAGGAAUUGCUCUUGUGUUAGAAGUUGUCACCUGGAGUGUAGUUAUCAAGAGGAAGAAGAUGAAUAAUGAUGCUAAUAAUUGAUCCACUAGUAGGAAUUAACACCCACACUCACCUCCUAAUUUGGGUUUAUUUUCAUUCAAUUAUUUUUUACUGUGAUGUAAUUUUUAUAAUUUUUAUCUAUAUGUAUUUUCUCUCUGUUGGGUUGAAA